AUGUUAAACCUAAAAAUUGUCUAUUAAUAAAAAAUACACAAAUUACCUUCCAGCGUUGUCUCAUACCAAGACAUCAUUAAUGCAGUGAAGAAACUUUAUCCAAACUUAUGUUAAUUUUAUUUAUUUACAAUUAUCCCUUGUAAAAUUUUAUUAAAUUUUAUAAAGAAUUUGAAGAAAUCGAAGAAAUAAAUUGUGAAUUCAGUUUCUCCUUUUUAAAGAAAAUAUACAAAAAGGAGGGUUGGACUACAAUAAAAUUUCUUGUUUUAGAAGACAAAAAUUUAAAUAAUUUGAAUGCAGAAUCAUUGAAUAUGUUAAAUCAAAGCUCUAUGAUUAUUAAUAAUUCUAAAAUAGAUUAGAACUAAAUCUCAUAGUUAAAUAAAAAUUAGUAAAUUAAAUUCUAAUAUUGUUAUAGAAUUAAAAUUUAGGAAUCAUAAAAAAAACUUGAAUAUUCAAAGGAUGAAAUAUUAAAAGAAACAGUUAACAAUAUUUUAGAUUAGAGAUUAAGAUAAUAUGGAUUGAUUAAAAAAAAGAUUAUCAUAACAGAGUAAAUAUUGCCUGAUAAUUAUUUUUAAUAAUAAGGAUAAUUUUAUGAUAUAGGCAGUAUUAAUUAGUAAUUUUUAUUGAUAUUUUAAGUUAAGAACCUGAGAACAUUACUCAUUAUAUAUGA